GAUAAGAAAAUAUAAUGUUAUAAAUAAGAGACAAUAUGUUAGUGUCAGUCAGUCAGUCAGAUAGAUAGUCAGAUAGAUAAUCAGCUUUAGAAUCAUCUUAGAUUCAUCCUAUUGUUCAUUUCCAUAUUUCCUUGUAAAUAAAUUCGUUUUUAAAAACGUGGUUUUCUCAACGAAAAACAUAAUUGGCGACGAGGAUGGGAUCUCUUUAAAUAUUUCGGAAAUAAUAGCGCGACGAGAAUCUCGCGACGUAUUAUCUGAAAUAUUGUGCCGGUCGUAGAAGUGAAAACUAAAAACUUUCAUUCGACUAUCAGUUUCAACUGUUAAGGUGAGAAGCAACCCCUAAGAAGAAAACCAGAAGCCCUGAUCUUUGGAGUAGCGCCCAAGACGACUUCACAACAAGGAAUAUCAACGAGGUGAGCAAUCCUUUCUAACUGACUCCCAGUUUACCUAUUCUGGCCCAAAAAUAGUCAACCUUUUCCCAAGUUUUGAGCGUAAAACUUGUAUAAAAGUUUUUUCUAGGUUUCUUAUAAAAAACCGAUCACAAAGUUUUUCCUAGGUUUCUUAUUAUAAAAACCGAUCAUUAAAAUUAUCAAUAUUACUUCUUUUAAACAGUUCCACGGUAAGAAAGAAAAGAAAGUAGCUAGAGUUAAAAUGGAUUUAUCAACUGCAGAAAAGUUUGGUUCACUCCUUCCUAAAUUUUCAGGAAUGGAGAACGAACUCCAUUCUUUUAUUAAAAACGUAGAAAGUUAUUUAAGUAUGUUCAGUAACGAAAAUGAACUUAUUAAAAAAUACUGUUUAGCUUUAGUUAAAUCAAAAUUAGUCGGUAGAGCACUUGCUGAAGUUUCUACCUCAGAUAUCCCCGAUAAUUGGGAUCAUUUGAAAAGAUUUUUGAAUAAUAAAUUUGGCGAUCAAAUCAAUUUAGAUGUGUUGAUUCACCAAUUACAAUUCUUAGAAAAGAAAUCAGAUAUGAUUAGCUUUAUAGAUGAAAUAAUUUCGAUGAAAAUAAGAAUUAACUACAGAAUAGAUGCUGACAUGAUGGCAGCUCAAGAAAAACAAUUGUAUAAGACUAAUAUAUUGAAAAUUUGUAAAACGGUGUUAAUUUCGAAUGCACCAACGGAACUUAGAACUUAUUUAAUCGCGAAUAAUGCCUUAACGUUUGACCAAACCAUAAAUGCAAUUAAAGAUUAUUUGUCAAACAUGGAGCAAUAUGAUUUAUUAGAUAAAAGUAGAAAACAUAAUUUCCAAUCGCGAAGGACGAAAAAUAAUUUUCAAAAUAAUAAUAAUAAUAAAAGAAACUAUAUUCCAAAUAAUUAUAGAAAUUUUUACUCAAAUAAUAGUUACGGAAAUAAUUAUAAUCCUAACUCCGUUCCUAACUUUCCUUCACAACCUAUUCAGUACACUCAGAGACCAGUAAAUAAUAAUUAUUAUCCUACAAACAAACAAGUGUUCGGAUAUCCAAAGACGGAACGAUAUAAUAAUCAAAAUGUUUUUAAACCAAAUCCCAACCAACGAAUUAAUACACCACCAGAAAAAAUGUCAGUCCAAACUAGAAACUUUGCACAAAAACGUCCAAAUUAUUCGACGCAAUUCCCAACAAAUCCAAAUAAGAAAUUUUAUUCCAAUGAGCAAACUCCCAAUUAUACAUUUGAGGAAUUAACCCAAUUAGAUUCGAGUCAGAAUAAAAAGAAUUAUUAUGAACAAAAUGAUAGAGGUCGUUGGAAAACCUCGAAUUCAAAUAAAUCAAAACAAUUUCCCACAAAAUUCGCAAUUGGCAAAGUUUCGACUUCAAAAAAUUUUGAGGAACGAAAUUUUCGAGACCCUACUCUAGAAAACGAAUUGACUUAAAUCAUACGCUAGAUAAUACGAAUCAAAAUCCU